CUCGGACCAAGCGAACCAAAACCAAAAGUUCAUAUCAUCUUGUUUUUGAUAAAUUUUUUUCUCAUUGAUUUCUCUGAAUACUGAUCUUCUAUCUUUUAAUUCUUCCAUUUUCCCUCAACCGUCGCGGAAUAGAAUAAUGGCGAAAAGUGUUCGAGCCAGUGUAUCCAAACGCAACAAGGCAAAGCUCCGAGCCACAGUUUUCGGGCCUGUUGUUGAUGCACGAACUGAAAGAUUAUCGGCGAAAUUGCAGGAGCUUGCCUCUCAGCCAAAGACAAAUGAACAUGAGAAAUCCGACGUGGGGUCAGAUACUGCAGGAAUAGAUGAACAAAGCGGCGCUUCGGGACUAUCAGAAUACAAUGAAGAUAUGGAUCUUGAUAAAGCGUCUGAAAAGAAAACAUCGUCACAGAAAUCCGGACGUAUCCACAAACGCCACAGCAACAGGAAAAACCGUUCAUCUAUAACUUUUACCCCACGCUUUCAAAAGUCACGAAAAGUUUCGAAGAGAAAGUGAAAACCUUCUGAGAUAAUCGACGUUUGUGUAUAUCAUUGAUCAUUGGAUCUCGUCCCAAACCUUCCAACAACGACAUCAAAAGUUUGCCGAAUUUGACUUGACUUCUAACACAUCAUUAUACUUCAUAAUACCUGAUUGUCAUAUGGGUUUUCACCAGACUUUGACAUGUCAGUCUUUACGCCAAGCAUCAAACUAUACCAAGACGGUCAUUUAUUCUCCGCAUGGGCUUCAUAAAUGCUUUUUUUCCUUAGGAUAUAUCUUUUUGAACUCGUAUAUGAAAAUUACUAUAGUAGAGUUGGAGCAGG